GAAGGAGGAGGGAGGGACGCGGGGAGGGGGCGGCCGGCCGGGCCUGCGCCCGAGCGAGCGGCGAGCCGAGGGGGAAGGGGCCCGGAAGGAGGCGAGCGCGGCCGCGACGCCGGGAGUCGGACGCCCGCUCGUGCCGGCCUGCCGCCGCCGCCGCCUUCCCUGCCUGCGCCCGAGCGUGGAGUACCGAGCGGCCGCCGAGGCCGGAGCACGGCGGUCGGGCGUGGGGCGAGCGGGCGAGCGGCGCCGGGAGCCGGAGGCCCGGCCGGCGUCCUGCGCGAGGCACGGUGGGCUCCUGCCUGUGAGAAUAGGCAAGGGGCGGAAAGCGAGGAAAAACAGAGGCCGAGAGAAGCGAGGCGAUCGGAUUUUCCAGGAGGCUGGUCUGGAGGAACAGCCCACCCCGAACUCAAAUCCACAAUAAUAAUCCAAACGAAUAAUAAUAAGGAGCAGUUUUUCUGGCCGGGCGCGAGAGAGAGAGGAGAGAGAGAAGGGGGGGAACGGGAGGAAGCGAAAUCUGUUUCAUGGAGGCUGAGGCGACAGAAAUUUUCGGAGCCUGGAUGUGGAGGAGCGAAACAGCAGAACUAACUCAGGAAAUUGUCUUUGAGAAAAAGGCCGAACGUAGGCUGGGUCUGAGAAUCAGGCUGGGCUAGGUGGAGGAACCUGCAAGUUGAAAGGAAAAAGAAAGGGAGAGGAUAUUUUCAGAGAUUCGGGUUUGUGGUUAAUGCUACAAUCUUAAAGGCACAGAGCGUUGCAUUUCAGGUGUGCUGUGAUUUUUUUUGUGUGUGCAUUGGCUCAUUUCAGAAUUUCAAAACCUUUCAUGUAAAAGCUUUUUUUUUUUUUAAAGGAAAUCCACAAAUUUUUGUUCCCAGGGUUGCACUGGAUUUGGAAGGAGUCGUGUACAUACUAUUGUAUGGUUUUAUUUAUUAUUUUUUUUUUACUGUUCAAAUCAGCUGGAAGAUUUUUUUGCCAGGUGCCGUUUUGGAUUUAUUCAUCCUUUUCCCCCACUCCUUGCCCUCAAAUAUAUUUGCUGUUGUCAUUUUAAGCAUUGGAGACCAGAAAAUUAUUUUUCCCCCUUUGGAGCUUUAGGCUCUCUUGCCAACAGAAGGACAGCUGGGAAAACUGGAUUAAAAGGAUGGUAUUUAUCUGUGUGUUGCAGUAAAGACUGAUAUUUUGAAGGCGCAUUCUUUCUGUGAUUCAUUUUUUAGCCCGUAGUGCUAACCUUGAAGAGAUUUGCGGUUAGGUUUUUGGUUUCCAAGAAGGUCAUAGUUUUUCCUCUUUUCCUUUCUGUUUUUUUUUUGGGGGGGAGGGGGCAGAGGGGAAAAGGAGGUAGGAAAGGAGACCAUGUUAACUGGUAGAAGUGGAGUAGAGCUUAGGUUGCCAGGGUCCUGAGAGCUGGAAGAAAAAGGAUUCAAUCUUCAAGUUGGGAGGCCUCCCUCACUUUUCUUAAAAAUUGUGAGCGAAUCCAUCCUGAUCAAGACACCAAAAGCUACAGGAUUCUGGAGCCGUGGAGACACUGAGAAACCAUGAGUGUAAGAUUGCCCCAGAGUAUAGACAGAUCAGCCAGUAAAAAGCAGACUCACCUGUCCAGCCCCCUUGCAACCUGGUUAAGUAGCCUGUCUUCUCUGGGAGAUUCUGCACCUGAACGCAAGUCCCCUUCCCACCAUCGCCAGCCCUCCGACACCUCUGAGACAACAGGUCUUGUCCAACGCUGUGUCAUCAUCCAAAAGGACCAGCAUGGCUUCGGCUUCACUGUCAGUGGGGAUCGCAUCGUUCUGGUGCAGUCUGUGCGGCCUGGAGGUGCAGCCAUGAAAGCUGGUGUGAAAGAGGGCGACCGGAUCAUUAAAGUCAACGGCACCAUGGUGACCAAUAGCUCACACCUGGAAGUGGUGAAGCUUAUCAAAUCUGGCGCCUAUGUUGCACUGACGCUCCUAGGCUCUUCUCCUUCGUCUGUUGGUGUCUCUGGGCUCCAGCAAGACCCAUCCCCAGCAGGAGCUCCCCGAGUCACCCCUAUGAUCCCCCCACCACCACCUCCUCCACCUCUACCACCUCCACAACGCAUCACAGGACCCAAACCUCUGCAGGAUCCCGAAGUUCAAAAACAUGCUACCCAGAUCCUCAGAAAUAUGCUGAGGCAGGAGGAAAAAGAGUUACAGCGUAUCUGUGAGGUGUAUAGCCGGAACCCCGCCAGCCUGCUAGAAGAGCAGAUCGAAGGUGCCCGGCGGCGAGUCACUCAGUUACAGCUGAAGAUCCAGCAGGAGACUGGUGGCUUAGUGGACAUACUUCCACUGUAUGGUGACACCAGCCAGAGGCCAUCAGAAGGACGUCUCUCUCUGGAUUCCCAGGAGGGGGACAGCGGCUUGGACUCUGGAACAGAACGCUUUCCUUCUCUCAGUGAGUCAUUGAUGAAUCGGAACUCGGUACUGUCAGACCCUGGACUAGACAGCCCUCGAACGUCCCCUGUGAUCAUGACCAGGGUGGCCCAGCACCACAGGCGGCAGGGCUCAGACGCAACAGUCCCCUCCACCAGCGACCAGGGUGUAGAUCAAAGCCCAAAGCCUUUAAUUAUUGGCCCAGAGGAAGAUUAUGACCCGGGCUAUUUCAACAACGAGAGCGAUAUCAUAUUCCAGGACCUUGAGAAACUGAAGUCACGUCCAGCUCACCUGGGGGUUUUUCUACGUUACAUCUUCUCUCAGGCGGACCCUAGUCCACUGCUUUUUUACUUGUGUGCAGAAGUUUAUCAGCAGACAAACCCCAAGGACUCCCGAAGCUUGGGAAAAGACAUCUGGAAUAUUUUCCUAGAGAAAAAUGCGCCUCUGAGAGUGAAGAUCCCUGAGAUGUUACAGGCUGAAAUUGACCUGCGCCUGCGCAACAGUGAGGAUGUCCGCAGUGCACUCAGUGAGGCCCAGGGGGCUGCCAUGCCAGAGAUCCAGGAACAGAUCCACGACUACAGAACAAAACGCACUCUGGGGCUGGGCAGCCUGUAUGGUGAAAAUGACCUGCUGGACCUGGAUGGGGACCUUCUCCGAGAGCGCCAAGUGGCCGAGAAGCAGCUGGCUGCCCUUGGAGAUAUUCUGUCCAAAUACGAGGAAGAUAGGAGUGCCCCCAUGGACUUUGCCCUCAACACCUACAUGAGCCAUGCUGGAAUCCGUCUCCGAGAGGCCCGGCCCUCCAGCACGGCAGAAAAGGCCCAGGCUGCUCCUGACAAGGACAAGUGGCUGCCCUUCUUCCCUAAGACCAAGAAGCAGAGCAGCAAUUCCAAGAAAGAAAAGGAUGCCUUGGAAGACAAGAAGCGAAACCCCAUCCUCAAAUACAUUGGGAAACCCAAAAGCUCUUCUCAGAGCACAUUUCAUAUUCCUUUGUCCCCUGUGGAAGUCAAACCAGGCAAUGUGAGGAACAUCAUUCAGCACUUUGAGAACAGCCAGCAGUGUGACGCCCCAGAGCCCGGGACACAGCGACUCUCAACAGGAAGCUUUCCUGAGGACCUCCUGGAGAGUGACAGCUCUCGCUCAGAGGUUCGCCUGGGCCGCUCUGAGAGCCUCAAGGGCCGGGAAGAGAUGAAGCGGUCUCGAAAAGCCGAGAACGUGCCCCGCUCUCGCAGCGACGUCGACAUGGAUGCUGCUGCGGAGGCUACUCGCCUCCACCAGUCAGCUUCGUCCUCCGCCUCCAGCCUCUCCACCAGGUCUCUUGAGAACCCAACCCCUCCCUUCACCCCCAAAAUGGGCCGCAGAAGCAUUGAGUCUCCCAGCUUGGGGUUCUGCACCGAUGCCCUCCUUCCCCACCUCCUAGAAGAUGAUCUGGGCCAGCUCUCUGAUCUGGAGCCAGAGCCAGACGCUCAGAACUGGCAGCACACGGUGGGCAAGGACGUGGUGGCUGGGCUGGCCCAGAGGGAGAUUGAUCGGCAGGAAGUCAUCAACGAGUUGUUUGUGACCGAGGCUUCCCACCUGCGCACACUGCGAGUUCUGGACCUCAUCUUCUACCAACGGAUGAAGAAGGAGAACCUCCUGCCGCGGGAUGAGCUGGCCCGGCUCUUCCCUAACCUGCCUGAACUCAUAGAGAUUCACAAUUGCUUGUGUGAGGCCAUGAAGAGGCUCCGGGAGGAGGGUCCCAUCAUCAGAGGCAUUGGUGACCUCAUGCUGUCUCGGUUCGAUGGAGCCGCCCGGGAGGAGCUCCAGCAGGUGGCUGCACAGUUCUGUUCCUAUCAGUCCAUAGCCCUGGAGCUGAUCAAGACCAAGCAGCGCAAGGAGAGCCGGUUCCAGCUCUUCAUGCAGGAGGCUGAGAGCCACCCUCAGUGCCGAAGGCUGCAGCUUCGAGACCUCAUCAUCUCGGAGAUGCAGCGGCUCACCAAGUACCCCUUGCUGCUGGAGAGCGUCAUCAAGCACACAGAGGGCGGCACCUCUGAGCAUGAGAAGCUGUGCCGGGCCCGGGACCAGUGCCGGGAGAUUCUCAAGUAUGUGAAUGAAGCAGUCAAGCAGACGGAGAACCGACACCGUUUAGAGGGCUACCAGAAACGCCUGGAUGCCAGCGCCCUGGAGAGGGCCAGCAACCCCCUGGCAGCAGAGUUCAAGAGCCUGGACCUUACAACCAGGAAGAUGAUCCACGAGGGCCCCCUGACCUGGAGGAUCAGCAAGGACAAGACCUUGGACCUGCACGUGCUGCUGCUGGAGGACCUCCUGGUGCUGCUGCAGAAACAGGACGAGAAGCUGCUGCUCAAGUGCCACAGCAAGACUGCCGCGGGCUCCGCAGACAGCAAGCAGACUUUCAGCCCCGUGCUCAAGCUCAACGCCGUGCUCAUCCGCUCCGUGGCCACAGAUAAACGGGCCUUCUUCAUCAUCUGCACCUCCGAACUGGGCCCGCCCCAAAUCUAUGAGCUGGUUGCAUUGACAUCAUCAGACAAGAACACGUGGAUGGAGCUCUUAGAAGAGGCCGUGCAGAAUGCCACCAGGCACCCCGGGGCUGCCCCAACACCCAUCCAUGCCCCAGCCCCAGGCCCCCAGGAGCAAGCCCACCAGGGCCCCACACCCAGCAGGUUAGACCUGGAUGACUCUGAAGUGUUCCAUAGUGAACCAGAAGCAGAGGAGCCACUGGAAGCAGGCCCUGGGCCCCCGCAGAGAGGCCAGGGGAUGCAGCCAGUGCUGCUGGGGGAUCCAGAGCAGAGGGGCCACGGAGAGGAGGAGCUGGGUGCCCUGCCCGACCCUCCUGCACCCCUGGGUGGAGAGAACAGCACCAUCAGGACGAGGGACCCCUUCCACCUGGCCCUCCCAGGCCCUCUGUUCAUGGAAGGACUCGCUGAUUCAGCCCUGGAAGACGUGGAGAACCUGCGGCACCUGAUCCUGUGGAGCCUGCUGCCAGGUCACACCCCAGAGACACAGACUGCCAGGGAGCCCGAGGAUGACCUGACACCCACGCCUUCUGUCAUCAGCAUCACCUCUCACCCCUGGGACCCAGGCUCCCCAGGGAGAGCUCCUGCUGCAGGUGAAGGGGACAGCACCCAGCUCCCGGGGCCAGAGCGGGGCCAGCCAGAGCAGGACACGGCGCUCUCUUCUCUGGAGCACCUGCCCCCACGGACCAGAAAUUCUGGGAUCUGGGAGUCUCCCGAGCUGGACAGGAAUCCAGCUGAAGAGGCUUCGAGAACAGAAGGCACAGGAAAUUACAAAGUUGUGAGAAAAGCCGAGGUGGCAGGCGGCAAGGGUGUCCCUGCGCUACCAGAGAGUGGCCAGUCAGAGCCUGAGCCACCUGAAGCAGAAGGCGGAACAAAGGCUGCGGGGAACUGUUUUUACGUCAGCAUGCCAGCAGGACCCCUGGACUCAAGCACCGACCUUCCAGAGGCACCUGCAAGCCCCUGCCAGCCUGAUGGCCUCCCUGCCUGGCAGACAGAGCCUCGGCCCCAGCUGCAGGGAGGCAGUGAGGACCCGAGACGCCCCAGCUGCUCCGCCCCCAGCCUGGCCCUCAGGGACGUGGGCAUGAUCUUCCAGACCAUCGAGCAGCUCACCCUCAAGCUCAACAGGCUCAAGGACAUGGAGCUGGCCCACAGGGAGCUGCUCAAGUCGCUUGGGGGAGAGUCAUCAGGGGGCACCACGCCGGUGGGCAGUUUCCACACAGAGCCGGCCAGAUGGACAGACAGCUCCCUCUCGCCUCCAGCCAAGGAGCCCCUGGACCCGGACUCCGGGAACAGCCGUGAGCUAGGGCCCUGCCCUGAGGAUGGCCCUGACACAGCCCUGGAAUACGGUGCAGCAGAUGCCGCCACGUCACCAGGACUGUAACCCAGACCGCCAAACCCUCCGCGAACCCAUUCCUUCAGGGACUGGCCUGAGGCAGGGGCAGAGGGUGGAGGGGGCAGCUGGGGAGACUGGGAUCCAGCCGAGGCCGGGGGAGACCCGCAUGUCGCUUGGUCGCUCAGAUCUGAGUCAAGUUUCAGUGUCUUUGCCCCCCCUUCAGCCAGCCCUCCAAGGUCUCGGCUCUCCUAAGUAAGCAUGCCGACUGCACCAGAAAGGCCGCCCAGCGCUCUGCCCCUCCCGCCACACACACGCACAGGUGUGCGCCUGUGCGGGAGAGGAGGAGGCUGCUGUGUAAAUGCACUUUCUUCCUCCCCCUCUCCACAGGCCCCCGGGUGGAGGUGGGUGCUGCCCUCCCCUUUGUCACUUUGGUUCCUAUAAAUAUGUAUGUAUUGUA